UUGGAAUCCCUUUGAGUGAAUCUCGGGCAAAUUAAAACACACGUUUUAAGCUUGGAAGACUGAAAGUGGCACUUCAAUUUGAUGACUGCUAUUUCCCCAACUUGGAAGUCUUCUUGUCAAAAUGUAGAAGGAAGCUUGUAACUUCUAAGAAAAUCCACAACUGGGAAGGCAAUCUUAACAAGAUUCUGCAUCAAAGUCGUAAGCCGGUAUGCAAUAUUGUAAGAAUGGCAUCCCAAUUUUCUUCUCUACAUACUUUCUUAAUUUCCUGUCAUAGUUUCAUUUAAUCAGAGAAGAAUUUUAAAUUAUCUCUGAAAGCAGAUGAGAACACCUCAAUAUUAGUAAUACUGUGACAGUCGAGAGACUUUACGGAUAAAAUUGACAUUUCUCACUUCUAAUUUUGCUAUAUCUCAAAACAAUCGGGUCUGAACUAUCGGUAUUUAAAAUUGUGGUUGCUCCUUGCUCUGGUUUCUCAAGGCUGGUGAAGAUCAGAGAAGUAACCUUUUCAUUUUUUUUCACCUGUUUUUAGCAAGUUGUCGUGAAGCUUACCAAGGUCACGAUGGUUAGUUUUCAGCUGUUAUCUUUGCUGCAAGCCAGACCUUAACUGAAAAGUUUUGGAUUCCUGAGUGAGGAGCACACACUGAACCCUUUAUUGCAUUCUUGAAGAGCUUAUUGUAAAAGCAGCGAUAAUUUAUUCUUUCAGUGGUGCUAACACAAUCCUUUCUGUGUAUUGACCGGCAAAGACAGACCACUGGCUCAGAGCCCGUAGUCUGUUUCAAUCUUAAUGUAAAUCUGCUCUUGUUCCUGAUAUCUUGAUUGAUGCAGAAAAUGCCUCCGUUAGCUCAAGAUUCACUUUUCCAGCGCCGGAGCCUGAUGCUUUAUGUUUUUUUUGCCCGUGUCUUAUUAAAAGUAGUUCAGGAGGAACAUUUAUUAGGCUGUGACUUUGGAAACAUCUGCAGCUUCAAGACAGUAUCACCUUUCUGGGGAAAAUAACAAUGGAUCUGCUGUGUUUGCUGGAGGAAGCUGUGAGCUUCUGCUGGCUGGCUGAGUGCAAAGUUAGCCAGCUCAGUCUGUGAACUACCUCGGCGGCUACGGGGGCAGUGAUUUCUUGGAGUGUUCCACUAAAACUGCGGAGCAUGCGUGCCUGUGCCUUAUCGUUAGAAAAACUAUAUUGGGAAUUGACUUAAUAUUUGUAAGGCCUUCCCGAGUCUGGAGAGCCGAACCAGUGCAAUUUAUAAUCCUCAGUGUGCAAACAGUGUAGGAACCGGAGUCUGGUGCUGGAUCCAGCUUGAGAAAAGUGAUGAUUUUUUAAUAUAACCUCUUGAAUGGCUUCGGUGAGGACUGAAGCUGUUCAUUACCUGCUCCUGGUAGAGCAUCUUUAGACGAACCGUUUCUAGAGUAAACAUCUGCUGCCCUGUGACAGUAAACUGUGAUUGUGUUUUCCAGAUUGUACCAUUUAUGUCUUAUUUUUAUGUCCCCUAUCAGAGUAUAAAUGUGUUCGUGGUAAUUUAAAUUUUGCUAUAUUCACAUACUUUUUGGAAAUUGAUAUUUUUCAUCCUUAUUGUCAUAUAGAGGAAUAGAGCAUUGAGUAGAUAGCUAAGUAAAUGUGCUGAACUGCCACAGAAUGCCCUUCAUACGGGAACCAUCUUCACAGCGUUCAAGUUACCUUUCACUAAUUAGGCCGUAGCUGAAGCAGUGGCGUGUCUUUGAAGGAAGACUGAGGGACAGUACAGCACAUUGCUCAUACUACAGCAGGCACUGACGGUGUGACACUUAUCAACAGGAGCAAAUUCAAGUCAGGAGAGUGUCAACGGUGGUUAACGUGAGCAGUUGUCAAUGAAUAGUUUUCAGACAUGAUGGCCGACCAGCCGCCUCCACUAGAAGCAACGCCUAUAUUGAACGAAGUGCCACUUCUACCUCAUAUGGUUAAUGGGGACAGCAUACAACAGGUUAUUCUUGUACAGGUAAACCCAGGUGAAACAUUUACAAUUAGAACUGAAGAUGGACACUAUCAAUGUAUUCAAGGUCCAGCACAUGUUCCUAUGAUGUCACCGAAUGGUUCGAUGCCGCCUAUAUAUGUGCCUCCCGGUUAUGUAUCUCAGGUGGUGGAAGAAAAUGGAGUUCGUAAAGUGGUGGUGUUGCCACACUCGGCUGAAUUCCAUCCUUCCAUGCAUCCUCCUCCUCCUCCUCCCCAUGUGCCACAUUACCUGCAUCAUCACCAUGCUUUGCUUCCCCACCCGCCUCACCCAGUGUACCCUCCGGUUCCCGGGACGGGAGAGCUACCGCCCCAGUUCAUUCACCAGCAUCCACCACCACACGUUUUUCAAGAACAAGAACCUCGUUCUCAUGGAAGGACAAACUUCAUUCAGCGAGAUGAAAGGAGCCUCAAAAUGCAAGAACACCUGAAGAAAAGACUAAAAGACAGACAAGCUAGUGGUCAUACUAACAAUAAACUUAACAGUCCUCCAUCUUCACCACAUAAAGUUGUUAAUUCUUCCAAUGCAACAAUUCAGAAUGGAAAUGGAAAGGGACAGCAAGGGGCAGGAGGACAACUAAAGCAGAAGCAGAUAGGAAAAACAAAGGGCAGCCCAGAUGCAGAGAUGGGAGAAUCUGACACUGAAUCCAAGAAAUGUGAUACUCACUUGAGCAUUGGCAAGCCAGUUGUUUCUGAUAUACAAGCAAGAUCAGCCGUUCUGUCCUGGAAUCUCCCAGUUAGUUCACAGAAUGGAGAGAGCCAUAGUCAUAGUCCAGCAGCAUUUACAUUUGAAGUAGCAAUAUCCAACAGUGGUAAAAAUGGAAAAUUUAAAUCUGUCUAUGUUGGGGAAGAAUUAACAAUUACACUUCCUGAUCUCAGACCAGCAACUGAUUAUCAUGCCAGAGUUUCAGCAACCAGCAGUUCCAUAAAAGAAUCCAUUUCAGAGUUAGUGAGUUUCACUACAGAAAGCUGUGAGCCAGACUGUCCGGCUGCACCGAAGCUAACUAACCGAACCAAAAACAGCCUGAGUUUGCAGUGGAAGUCCUCAAAUGACAAUGGUUCCAAAAUAACUAAUUUUCUUUUAGAAUGGGAUGAGGGGAAGAAUGGACCCUUCAAAGAAUGCUACUACGGGCACCUGAAGCAGUAUAAACUUACCAAACUUUCUCCUUCUACAAAAUAUUCACUCAGAUUAGCUGCUAAAAAUGACAUUGGAAUGAGUGGUUUCAGCGAGACAGUGACGUACUAUACAGCGGGAAUUGUCCCACCAGCCCCGCCGCCCCCGGUGCUCGUUGAAGCAGGAGUGACCUGGCUGUCAGUAAAGUGGAGCCCACCUAGCGGCGUGUCUUCAGAUGACGCUCUCAUUUACAGUUUAGACAUGGAAGAAGAAGGUUCCGGUUAUGGGUUCCAACCGCAGUACAACGGAGAUGAACUCUCAUGCACUUUAAGAAAUCUUAGGAGGAGUACGUCCUAUAAGUUUAGGCUCUUUGCCUACAACAAUGAAGGAAAAAGUAGCCCUAGUGAGGUGGUAGAGCACAGCACCGAUCCUGACAAACCUGGACCACCAAGUAAACCAACCGUGAAGGGCAAGAUCCAUUCGCACAGUGUGAAAGUGACCUGGGAACCACCCAAAGAUAAUGGAGGAUCAGACAUUACUAAAUACUUUUUGGAAAUCUCAGAGACGUCAGCUGGAAGUAAAUGGGACACUAUAUACAGCGGUUCCCAGAGAGAACACGUGUGUGACCAUCUCAAGCCUGGCACCUCGUACAGAAUGAGAGUUUACUGUGUCAGCAAAGGUGGUGAAAGCCAGGCUUCUGAUGUUAUGACUGUUACAACAUCAGCUGUUCCUCCUGGACCGUGUCACGCUCCGUGCCUGGCAGGCAAAGCUAAGCCCAAGGAAAUCACUUUACAGUGGGGCCCACCAUCUGUAGAUGGAGGUUCCGAGAUUACAGAAUAUAUUGUAGAGAUGGCAAACUCUGAACAAGAUGAACGCAAACAAGUGUAUCAGGGUCCAGCAGCUGAAUGUGUAGUAAACAAUCUACUUCCAGGGAGAACAUAUGGCUUCUGGAUACGAGCAGCAAAUAAAGUUGGGUUUGGCCCUCACUCUGACAAAGCAGAGAUCUCUACCGCUCCAGGGCCCCCAGAUCAAUGUUCCAAACCCCUGAUAACUUGUAAAAGUGCAACUUGUGUUGUAGUGUCAUGGGAGAGUCCUGCGUGCAAUGGUGCGGAAAUCAGUGAAUACAGGCUGGACUGGGGGCAGGUGGAAGGAUCGAUGCAUCUCAUUUACACCGGCCCUUGCCAGAGCUACGAAGUAAAAGGUCUCACACCUGCAACCACGUAUUAUUGCAGAGUCCAGGCCGUGAAUGUCGCUGGAGUUGGGUUGUUUGGUGAGACUGGUGUGGUGACAACCCCCGCGUCGGUGCCUGCAGCAGUGUCAGUUCUGCAUUUACUUGAAGAAGAUCAAAUGGAAAUUUCUGUUCCUUUAUCAACGUGCCUUGCAAUUCAAUGGGAAGAACCGUGUUCUCAUGGGUCAGAGAUCACGGGAUAUAAUAUAGAAUAUGGGGAAAAGCAGCUUGUGACUGUUGGAAGAAAUACAAGCCAUGUUCUUGAGAACCUGCUGCCUGACACUCUGUACAGGAUUAGAAUACAGGCCAUAAACAGCUUUGGAGUUGGUCCUUUCAGUCAUUCCAUUAAAGCCAAAACGAAACCACUACCUCCUGACCCUCCUCAUCUUGAAUGUGUGGUCUUCAGCUACCAGAGCCUUAAACUCAAAUGGGGCGAAGGUCCGAGCAGAGCUUUAAUUACCAACCCUACGCAGUUCAACUUGCAGAUGGAGGACAGGUUUGGCAGGUUUGUUACCGUUUAUAACGGUCCUUGUCAUACAUACAAGGUACAGCGACUCAGUGAAUCCACUACAUAUUACUUCAAAAUCCAGGCGUAUAACGAUGCUGGAGAGGGAGAGUUUUCUGAAGUUUACGCUUUCACUACAACUAAGUCUCCACCCGCAUCUCUUAAAGCACCCAAAGCAAAUCAGCUGGAAGAAAACACUUACAAGAUCACGUGGGAACCGUUACAGCCGAUGAAAGGAGAUCCCAUUGUUUACAUCCUUCAGCUUGCUGCUGGGAGAGAGUUUGAUCAGGUGUACAAGGGACCAGAGACUUCCUUCCGUCUCACGAGCUUGCAGACAAACUGUGAAUAUCGGAUCAGAGUCUGCGCUGGCCGUCAGUCCCAAGACUCGACUGGAUCACAAGAAUUGUAUGGACCUUACAGUCCCAGUACAGUGUUCUCAUCUCAGAAACCAGAGCUGGUUCCACCGUGUGCUGAUGUGACGACGGAGUUGGCGGAGACCAAGAAGACGUUACGUGAAGAGCGCUUCAUCGCUAUCGUUCUUCUCUGCGGAUUUGCGGUGGUUGCUAUUUUAUUUGCUGUUGUCAUUCAGUACUUUGUAAUCAAGUAGAGGGGAGCCUAUUCAGUUCUCAGCUUUUCGUACAGAAGCUAUUUCGGGUAUUUAUGGUUAGUUCUAAGUAAAAUCAUAGCUGGAAAUGUAUAGUUACGUGCGUUUCCACUUCUGCUGCUGGCUAACAGUGAGGCUGGGUUGGCAGGUCCUUUCCAAAUGCUGAACACAGAUUUCUUGUAGAAAGGGUAAUCCUGGGUCCUCUGUAAUCAGGGUUAGCUGUUAAUAAAACAGCAAAGAAAACUGCCUUACCGUGCACGCUGGUGUGUGUGUGUGUGCACACUCCUCCUCUCUCUGAAUUCAAAGCGGGGCCCUUUGGCAGCUGGAGAGAGAAGGCACUGGUAGAACAAGUCCUUUUCAAGUACAACUAGAGCAGCGGUAGUCGAUCCGCGGUGUUUCCUCGGGUAUUGUAGUCUGGUAUACAUGAAAUACAGCAGCACAAAUGCUUAAGCUUAGAACAGUACUGUAUUGCAGAACAUUACUAGAGCAUACCACAUUUAAUAUACUGUAGAAGGAAAGCAGAAUAUUGACUUAGUGAUAUUACUACUUUACAGUUAUUUUAGUAUUUCGGAUUCAGUAACAAUCAUUUCAAGUGUUAAAGUAGAGGGUGCCAGCGUUUUUAGGCUUUUAAUCCAGAUGCUAGACAGACGGUUAGCAGGACGUCACGUCCGUAGAGCGAAGGCCUUCGUACGUAACACGGCAGAAGAGGCCCCCUUUUCCUAUCGUGCAUUUUGGAAUGAAAUGCUUUCUGCUGUUGGUGAGCAGCUGUUGGCCCAAUCCACAUUUCACUCUCAGUGCCUGAGAGAAAAGUAAUUUCCUGUGUUUCUGAUUAAAUCUUUGCAGUGUUUUCAGAAAAGCACAGGUAUUGUCUUCAAGGAGAAAGAGUGCAUUUAUGGUAAAUGUUACACUAUUUGGCUCAAACUGAGCAAAUGUUUUUGUACUAUUAUUAACCUAAAAAUAAGAAGUUCGAACUGCUUUUGGAUGCCCUUCUAACUUAAUCUGAAUUAUGAAAUUGUACAUGAAAGAACUCUUUUUAGAUAACAUUUAUACGAUGUUUUAAAUGACUCGCUGCCCCCGUGGUAGCGGCUUCACAUUCCAUUGUUCUCCAGAUGGGAAUGUUCAGCCUGCGAUGAACUUCUCUGAAACUCGUCCUGUUUGUCUGGCGGGUAUGUUUUUGUGGACACUGUGCACUACAUACGACUGUUGUUCAAUCUGCUUGCGAGUACCUACAGACGAGUCUGACAGCUUUGUAUCGGGUGUUUUUGAAAGCUGGAGCUCACAGAUUUCGAACGUGUUUCAGAAUGGGUCUUCCCAAUAGCAUUUGGAACGUGCCAGAGAAAGGUAGAUUCGGCGUGUUUCGCAAAGACUGCGGCUACACUUUAUAUCCAUCAGAGCGAUGCGCUUGUACGUGGAAUGUUGGAUGUGAUAGUGCUACAGGCUAAGUAGUUCCCGUAACUAAUCACUUUAAGGGUCUUUCUCCUAUGGCGGUUGAUGACUUAAUGUUGCGUUAUAGUUUGAGGCAUUGUGUUGUAUCUCAGAUGUGGAAAACCUAAAUUAUGACAUAGUAUCGCUUAAUACUCUUAAAAGUAGAUUUAUGGUGCAAUCUGAAAUUAAUCUUUUCAAAAUGUACUCUUCAUUUUGUACUCUAUUUAUUUUGAUUAAAAGUCCUGGAAAAUGUAUGUUUGAAUGUAUGGUUCUACUUGUAGCAGAACUUUAAGUUAAUCGUUUAUUAUAUCAUAGAAAUCUCUCCCUCCAGUGUUGAAAAGAGUUUUAUACAGAUACUAGGCUUUAGUUUGCAGAAGAGUUUACAAUCUGUCGGUAUUUCUCUUCAUAGUCUCCUUUUAGCAAAUAAGACUGCCUUCAGCAAAUCUCUGUUGCCAAAGGGUUAUUUCUUUAACUCUUAGAACGAAGUUUGUAGAGGUUUAUUUGGCAAUAAUAUUUCCGGUAAUUUUAAAAGAUAAAUUAGGAUUGCAGAGUUAAAUACUAACAAGUCGUGCGUGACUCCUAAAAAGCGAAAGGACGUUCUUUUGUAAUUGCCACACAAUAUUCACGUUUCCAGAAGGUAUCCGUGAAAGCCGACCGCAACGCAGGUGUGACGUCGGCCGUUAUCCAUUCCAGAGCGAUACACCCCGGUGGCAUUAAUCUGUUAGGUCUCUUCGGUUUUCUCAUAUUGUAAUUUUGAGGUAUCUCAAACUUAUGUUAAAGCUGCCAUGCAUUGUAUUACUAAAUUGUAACUAUCAAAUAGAUAAUAUAUUUAAUACAGCCAAUAAAUAAUACAAAUGUAUUCAGAUUUGA